AUGGUGCUGCCUGUCUGUCAAGUGGGAGAAAUAUGGUUGUUCAGGUGUAAAUUUAUGCAUCUUUUGUUUAAUCGCAGUUAAAACAGAGAUGUGCUCAGUUCUAAGGAGCCAGGUUGAUAAAAUUAGUCACAAAUAUUUGACUAAUAGCAAUACAAAUAUAGAAAUUGAAGAAUAACUUGCUGAAGAGGUAUUAUUUUUAAUGAAAAAAAAUGUAUUUUAUCUUUAAAAUCUAACAUUUUUUUUAUAAGUAAACUUAUUAAAAAAUUAAUCUGCUAAAUAAACCUUACAGUUACAGUGUGGAAUUAAUCCUCGGCAAUAACCCUUUACGACUUCUAAGCUUUAGAGUAUUUUUUGAAUGAACACAGGACAAUAUUUUUAAAUCUGAUGUUAUUUUUACGCAAAAUGUCAUCAGUUUAGUUUUGCAGAUACUAUUGGUUUGAAGGGUGUCCCACAUGGCCGUGUGUCAGGACAUCAAGGUUGCUGCUGUUUGAAAUUUCUGCUUUAGCUGUUUUUUCAUUACUAUUUAUUGUUUUUAUAGACAUGUUUUUUGAUGUAGCAAUUUGUCAAGGAUGAACAGGUUGCUCAUUUGGCUGGCUUUCGUAAUAAUAAUAAUAAUAAUAAUAAUAAUAAUAAUAAUAAUAAUAAUAAUGAUAAAUUGGAUUUAUAUAGCACCCAAAGCACUUUCCAUAGCGCUUGGUAAGCCAUCUGACAUUGCAACAUUUAUAAUGCUGAUCACUAAAGAAGAAAAAUCCAAGGCUAGGGAAGUUAUGGGUUUAUUGUUAUGCAUGCAGGGCAUCAAUAGGGAGCCAAGUUUCCUCCCCUUCUAGUCGGCUCAUUGCCUUAUGCCCUGAAUCACUGUUGUACUUCAAUUUAAAUGAAAAGUAAUUGUGUGUGUGUGUUUCGACUAUGCCUGUUACGUUCUUUGAGAUUUAUUAGCUUGAAAAAAUUUGUGAUUAGAAUGACUACAAAUUAGACACUGCAUAUAUGACGUCUCUUCUCCCCCAGCAUAACAGCUACUUACCACAUGACCAGAUUUAAAGUAGUUUUCUCCACGUUUGACAAUUCUUUCAUCCUGGAAGAAGGAUUCAAAGCUCACAAGAGCUUUUAUUGUCCUCUUCUUGUUUGAUGAUGUCAAUUGGUGAGAUGAGUAUUCGUAGACCAUUUUGUCGCUUUUCAUCUAAAGCCUAAAAUAAUUUUUGCUAUCGUUCGAAAAAUAAGCAUUUUCCUGGCAUCAAAAUGUGUCUAAUUCACGACCAUCAUAUGUGAAAUCCAUGGCACAUAUCAAACGGGGUAAGAAAAUAACUCCUCCCAUUCAUUUACUUCUGACAGUAGGGGUACCCAUUGACUAGAAGUGGAUGAGCAUGAUUUAGGGCAGGAAAAUACUCGCUUUUAAAUAUACGUACGCUUCUUUAUCAUGGCUGCCUUGCGUAAUUUGACUCUAUUUGAAACGUUGUCGUGUGCUUCCCCCUGAAAUUAACACAAUGUAUUUGCAAGCUGCAAUAUACGAGUACCCAGUAGGGGGAGUUGACAAAACGAGCGAGACACAGUCGCCACGGUCACUCCUCCGGUUUAGAGGUCUUUUAUUCUAUCUAUGACACUGCUGCCAUUUUUAUUUAUUUAUUUAUUUAUUUAUUUAUUUAUUUAUUUUAACGUGAUCUGAAAAUUAAACAGUUACUGAUCUCUUCUAUUGAGGCCAUGUUUUUUGGCUGUACCCUACAAACCCUGGUACUCUGUCCAGUCUGAGUUCUCUAAUCUGCCCCCUCAUGGAAAACUCCAGUACUGCAUGCAGCAGCAAAUAUGCGAACAAGGCGCUUCUUGCAUCAACGUAAGGUUAAAAAGCAAGUAUAUUCCCAGCCUUAGGCUCCCUAUCGAGUCGCUAGGUCAACACCAUUGCUGUGUAACUCAUCUCACACCAUACCAACAGCUAAACAUGGUGGUGGUAGUGGGAUGGUCUGUUGUUUCUUUGCUGCUUCGGUUACUUUGUGAUGAAACCAUCGGCUCUCUACCGUAAAAUCCUGAAGGUGAAUGCCUGACCUUUGACCUUGAACAGGUCAUUCAUCCAUUUAUUCCAACAGAAUAAACACAAUUUUGCUAAAGAAAGUGGGACAAAGUUCCUCCUCACCCAGUUCUAGUUAUCACAAUUAAUUGUAGUUUUUGUCACCAAGGUUACUGCAACCAGUUAAGUGUAGGAGUCAAUUACUUCUUUUGAAACAUUGAUCUUAAACAUGUGACCAAAAAGCCAAAACGGAAGAGAUGCUUUUCAUAAAGAACGAACCUGAUGGUUGGAGUGAAAGCUGGAGAUAUUGCCUUUUUGUGUGGGCCACCGUAGCCACAAUACCUACUCUGAACUGCGUGGCGCUAAAGAGUCGCAUUUUUCCCCCCACGGUUUAUAUGAAUUUCACACACAUGACCUUUAAGGGGGAUAAGUACUUUUUUGUAGUAUUUAUGGAAUUAUUUGACAUUUUUAUUAAAAAGUUAUGAUUUUGACUUUAGCUUUACACUGCAGUGUUUUUGCAGGAGAUUCUGAGUGGAGCACCAUUGGUGACAGUCUGCUACACUGCCUGCAGCCCUUCUGUCUCACCAACGUGUGAAACCUCGUCUUGAAUCUGUCCUCCUUGCAGCCACAUUGUCUGGAAGCCUCUAAAUACUAACAUGCUGCUUUAGCCUCAUCUCAGAUUCCUGCUUUGUGAAUAAUCGACAGCUCGUGCCAGCUCUCGUCAAACAUGACUGGGUAAUUUCACGUCCACAAAGAUGCCCGCAGAGCUGCCGGAGAACUGGACGGACACAAAGGAGACCCUGCUGGAGGGCAUGAUGUUCAACGUGAAGUACCUGGGUAUGACUCUGGUGGGCCAGCCUAAAGGAGAGGACAUGGCCUCGGCUGCCAUUCGCAGAAUCGUUGCCACAGCCAGAGCCAGCGCUAAGAAGUUUCGGAAAGUAACACUGACAGUUUCACCAAAAGGCAUCAUCAUCACAGACACGGAGAGCGCAGGUCUAAUAGAGAACGUCUCCAUAUACAGAAUCUCAUACUGCACAGCAGAUAAAACUCAGGAUAAGGUGUUCGCCUACGUCUCUCAGAGUCAGUUUAAUGAGACUCUUGAGUGUCACGCCUUUCUCUGCCAAAAGAGAAAAAUUGCUCAGGCAGUGACGUUAACAGUAGCUCAGGCUUUUAAAGUAGCUCUGGAUCUUUGGGAGGUUGCUCAGGAAGACAAAAGCAAGAAGGCCAGGACCUGUUGUUCCUGUGCUGCUAGUGGAGGACAGAUGGAGAUGACAGAGAAGCAGUGUGUUCCAACAGCCUCUCUCCCACACCUUUCAUCCCCCUCACACCCAGCUGCGUGUAAAUCCAUCGGGAUGGAGGAGAGGCUCCGGGGGCCUUUCUUCUCUGCGUCCCUCGGCUCACCGUCACCUCGUUGCAACCCAACUCGACGGCGGCCGAUCAAACACGACUCAUGGGAUGUGGAGGAUGGACUCGACAUCCCAUUCUCAAGCAACAUGGAGGUAGAGGAGGCAGAAUCGGGCUGGUCGAGCCCCUCUCCAAAUCCGUCUCUGGUGAUGCAGCUCUGAGUCCUCCGGAGGUCUCCUCAGAGAGACAGUUUCCUGUCUGCAGCACACAAAGUGGCAACAAUUGCCCUAAAAUUUCACACAAAAAAUACUCCAGUCCUCAAGGGGAAAGCAAAGCAACACUGAAUAUAGUCUCAAGCAAGAACUAAAUCAGGGAGGCU